CGCAUAAACAUCAUUUAUUCUCAAAUAGAGGUCAUCUCUGCAGGAUAAACUACCUUCUCUCCUGCAUAUCUACGACUAGCGCCUAUCGUAUGUGAAAUUCAGCGAGUGGCGGCUUGGUACACAUUCUCUUUUUCAUCGAUAUCAAGAAACCUCGUUUGGAUCUGCGCCCACCGCCACCAUGGGUGUCCCCAAAUUCUUUCGAUGGCUCAGCGAACGAUACCCUGCGAUAUCACAGCUGAUUGCCGAAAACCGCAUUCCUGAAUUCGACUGUCUUUACCUCGACAUGAAUGGCAUCAUUCACAAUUGUACGCACAAAGACUCGGACUCGCCCUCUUUCCGAAUGACGGAGGACAAGAUGUUCAUUGCCAUCUUCAACUAUAUAGAGCACCUUUUUGGCAAAAUUAAACCCAAAAAGCUGUUUUUCAUGGCCGUCGAUGGAGUGGCGCCCCGCGCCAAGAUGAACCAGCAGCGCUCACGCCGCUUCCGUACCGCACUUGAUGCAGAAAAGGCUCGCGAAAAGGCUAUUAAAGAAGGCGUGGAGUUGCCCAAAGAAGACCCCUUUGACAGCAACUGCAUUACCCCCGGCACCGAGUUCAUGGCAAGACUUACCAAACAGCUCAAAUAUUUCAUCAGCAAAAAGGUCUCUGAAGACGUCGAUUGGCAAGGCGUCGAGGUCGUCCUGUCUGGCCAUGAAGUCCCUGGCGAGGGAGAACACAAAAUCAUGGAGUACAUCCGACAAGCCAAAGCGCAACCUGGUUAUGACCCCAAUGUGCGCCACUGUCUGUACGGACUGGAUGCUGAUUUGAUCAUGUUGGGUCUUCUCAGCCACGACCCUCAUUUCUGCUUGCUUCGCGAGGAGGUUACUUUUGGGAGACAGUCCCAGAAGAAAUCCAAGGAAUUGGAGCAUCAGAACUUCUACCUCAUGCAUCUUUGCAUUGUCCGAGAAUACCUGGAGUUGGAAUUCCAAGACCUAAAGCAAGAGGGCACCCUUGAUUUUGAUUAUGAUAUGGAACGAAUCAUUGACGACUUCAUUCUGAUGGCUUUCUUUGUGGGAAACGAUUUCUUACCCAACCUCCCCAACCUGCACAUCAACGAAGGAGCGCUGGCGCUUAUGUUCCAAAAAUACAAACAAAUUCUCCCAACACUGGGCGGUUACAUCAACGAGCAUGGUGUGAUCAAUCUGCAGCGAUUGGAGGUCCUUUUGAAUGAGUUGGCGGAAGUGGAGGAUCGUUUCUUUGAGGCAGAAUAUGCCGGGGCCAAGUGGAUCGAUGCGAAGCGGAAUGGGCAGAACGCAGACGAGCCACUGACAACUUCCCGUGGCCCUAUCAGAGUCUCUCCUGAACAGAAGAAGCUCUUCAGGGAGGUGAAGAAGUACUUUGUGUCACCCGUCAACAGCGACCCUACGACGAGACAGCCACUAAACCUACCUUCCACACUUCCAGCACGGGAUCGCAAAUUUGUACAGCAGCUUGCGACCGACUUGCACCUGCAGUGGUCCACAAAGGAAGACGGCAACGGCAACCGCUUCCUUCAGUUGGAAUUUCCUGCCAAGGGGGAACAGGCGGAAUCGGAUGAGGAAGAGGAAGAAUCAGAAUUAGCCAUAAUGCGGGUCUUGAAGCGAUACGAGAACGCGAAAGUCGAAGAAAGCACCAAUGAGCAAGCCCAACAAGACAUGCAGAAGAAAUACGACCAGAAGUUCCAGGAGUGGAAAGAUCAAUACUACAAAGAAAAGUUCGGCUGGGGCCUCGAGAAUGAAGAAGCCUUGAGGAAGUUGUCGGAAAACUAUGUGCAGGGCCUGCAAUGGGUCCUUUUCUAUUAUUAUCGUGGCGUUGCUUCGUGGCCCUGGUUUUAUCAAUAUCACUACUCGCCAAUGAUCUCGGAUGUCAAGAGAGGCCUGGGUGCGGACAUGAACUUCCAUCUCGGUCAACCGUUUCGGCCAUUUCAGCAGCUGAUGGGCGUUCUUCCGGAUCGAAGCAAGAAAAUUGUCCCAGAAGUUUACCAUGACCUGAUGACGUCGAAAGACUCACCCAUUAUCGACUUCUAUCCACGAGAUUUUGAGCUCGACAUGAACGGCAAGAAACAGGAAUGGGAAGCUGUCGUCAAGAUCCCGUUUAUUGAUGAGCGGCGGCUUCUCGAUGCUAUGGCUCCUAAAGAUGCUUUGCUGUCCGAUGACGAACGCCUUCGCAAUGAUUUCGGGGUCAGUCUGAAAUUCACGUAUUCUCCAGAAGUCGACUACACUUAUCCUUCUUCGCUUGUCGGAAUCUUCCCAGAUCUACCACAUUGCCAUUGCAUCCAAAAUGAAUUUGAACUUCCUACCAUGGAUGGCCUGGAGCCGUACGUGGGUCUGGUGGACGGCGUCAAACUUGGUGUCGCAGCUUUGGCAGGCUUCCCCAGUCUGAAAACCUUGCCGUUUACCGGCUCGUUGGGAUUCCACGGUGUAAAUGUAUUCCAGCAAGACAGUCGAAAUGAGAGCAUGAUCAUCACUUUGUCAGGCACAGAGACAAGAACCAACGUGGAGUACGCCAAAGUUCUUUUGAAUAGGCGUGUCUUUGUGGGAUAUCCAUUCUUGCAAGAAGCAAAGAUUGUCAAGGUUUCAGACGAACUUUUCGACUACGUCAUGGCGGAUAAUGGGGAGAGCGUGCCUCAUCAUAUCAGGGAGAUUGAGCAUUCUGGGAACGAAAUUGACCAGUUCCGGAAGAAGGCAGAUCGAAUUGAGAAAUACUACAGCAAGAGACUCGGAAUGUUGAUUGGCGAAGUGGAAUCUCUCGUCCAGGUUGAGAUGCUCAAGGGACUCAAGAAACUGGACGAUGGAUCGACAGUCAAGGAAUUCGCCGAGCUUCCAGGUCUGGACACUAUCCAUGCGACGCAGCUUUUAGUCGAAAAUGUGGUCAGCGAAGACGUCCGUUUCAUUGAGCAAGCGGCUGUGGCCAUUGAAGAAGAAUUUCCAGACGGUACUAACGCCUUCUUCCUCGGCGAUUACGCUUAUGGACGCCCUGUCAGUGUGAUUGGCCAUGAAAACGGAAAGGCAAAAUGCUUGAUUGCACUCUCGAAAGCGCGCCAGGUGGAGUUUGGGCGCGAAAUCGCCCGUCAAGCAGAAAGACUGUCACCAUAUACGCCUUCAUACCAGGUUGCCCAGAGCCUUAACCUGAAUCCACUGGCAUUGGCAAAGAUCACCUCUUCCUUUUCCAUCACGGUGGAAGGGACUAGAGUGAAUCUAGGCCUCAACCUCAAGUUUGAAGCCAAAAAGCUCAAAGUUCUAGGCUAUUCGCGCAAAGGCUCGAGCGGGUGGGAGUUCAGCCGGGCAGCUAUCGAACUGAUCCAGCAGUAUAUGAUCAAAUUUCCGCAGUUCAUCGCUGGCAUCCACAAGAACCCGCAAGGUGACAUGUUACCUGCGACAGCAUACUUCCCCGGCGACGAACAGCAGGCCAAAGCAAAAGUCAAAGAGAUACAAGCAUGGUUGAAAGAGAUUGAAUCAAAGAGCUUCGAGAAGGUCCCUCUCGAAGCCGAGCAGUUGGACUCGGAGAUUGUGAAGCGUAUCGAGCAAGCUGCGGACGAGGCACUUCGCUCUGAACCGCCUCCUUACAACAAAACUAUCGGAGGAGUUCCUCGUAAUGGACUUUUGAAGCCCUCGGAUGCGCAAUGGCGGCUUGGAAAUCAGAAAUUUAGUCUCGGAGACAGGGUGAUCUACGUGGCUGACUCUGGCAAAGUUCCAAUUGCCUCGAAAGGAACUGUUGUUGGCUUGACCCAAACUACAAGGGAAACUUGGCUUGAUAUUGUCUUCGACGUCUCUUUUAUGAGUGGGACGUCGUUGGGAGAUCGUUGCUCACCAUUCCGCGGAUCCACCGUGCCAACAUGGUCUGUUUUGAAUCUCAGCAAUCGACAAGUACUUGCUUCAUCAAAAGCAAGCGCGAAUCGACAGACAAAUGGCAGUGCGCAUUCUCCUCUCACUGUGCCAGGUUAUGGUCAACCUGGGAUCGGAGGCCCAGGUCAAUUACGCCCAGCCGGAACGCCUCCAGCAUUGAGAGGUACAUGGCGCGGAGCUGUAUCUGGACAUCCGUCCGGUGGGCGGGGGCAAACGAACGGCACGUCAGGCCGGGGCCAAAUGACGGGGACUUCAAUGCCAAUCCGGAACAUGUCAAGCUCACCUGUCAACGGUAACCGCGGCAAUGCGACAAAUGGUCAGUAUGGUCGUGGUGGCCGCGCAGCGAUGGGCCAUGUCAGCGCUCGAGGAGGGUACACAAUUGUCGACCGAGGCGAUGCUCAAGCUGGUGUUGUCCAGAACAAUCCCAAUUUCCGGCCCAAAGCGCAGAACAAUGUACCUCCACCGGCCAGCUUGAACCUUCCUGCCACCCCACGAGGCCGUGGUCGAGGACGAGGUGGUACGUCUAGAGGAGGACGAGGUGCAACGCCGCGGGGAGGAUCAUGAGGUGAUGGCACCUACCGGUCUGCAAAUCCGUAUGAUUAGCGAAGGUCUGUCGGUCUUGAACAGGUGUAUGGUUUUGUCGUCAAGAGCAUGUGGUGGUGCAAGUUUGGGCUGCAAGAGAUAUUAGUGAGUAAAGGGUUUCAGUCACACGGAGGAAGCCGAUGUUAUCGCUCCAGUUGAAUGCAGCGGACCGGAUGGAGUCGUGGGCGAUUGAGCCUUUCCGAGCAAGGCUAGCGAUCCUUGCAAGCUCGCUAUGCAACGCAGAGCCCCGCAGUUCGAAGCGUCCGGUACUCCUCCAGUCCGUCAAACCAACUGGCACAUGCUGGAACGGAAAGGCGAGUUCAGAAUACGAGGUUGCGGAAACGAUCGCCAUGAGAAGCGCGGCGCACCCGAAGAAAAGCCAUAGAUGCGAAUGGGGGGACGAUGGGAUCGAUUGCAACCAAUCCUUCAGUCUCCAGAUCCUCGCGACAAUGUGUCCUUGUUUGCCUGUCUCUAUGCAAGUUCCUGCUCCCCCCUGGAUGUACGUUAAGGUCCGACGCUUGAAAUGCACGUCAUCUGAUGGGCCGUUUGCCUUACUAACUACGGAGCACGAGUUUCCUGUUCCAGCUUUCGCGAGUUCUGCAAAGGCCCCGCCUUGAGGUCUUAUGCUUCGCCGAGGGGCAAUGUGGCGAAAAGGUUCACACUCGCCCGAACUCUUCGACUCGGGCUGCAUAUCUCCCGUUCCCAGGACAGUGUGACCCCCUCGUUUCCCGGUGGCGCUCUUUCAAGC